CAACUUCAUAGUAGAAGUUUUGUUCCCCUCUUAUAUCUGGUGGCAAUUCACUGUAGCUGGAUACCAAAACAUUUAAGAAGCAAACUUCUUUAAUGUUGGUUUCUUCAUCUGUCAUUUUUGUGGUUUUGUGAGUCUCAACAAUUAAAGCUUGUCUUUUGUGAUAUCUACCAAUGUCCCCUUUCUUUAAUUCUACUUUUGGCUACAACCCCAUUUGAAAACUCAGCCAAAACUUCACAAUAUAAAACACUUUUCUUUUUACCCUUUUCACUAUAUAUAAAACUAGUGUGUCUCUCUACAGGUUCUUGAAUUGUCUAGGCUUAGCUAAAAAAAGAAGAAGACAUUUUUGUAUUCAAUGCUAUUUCUCUUGAUUUCUUGUUUUUCUUUCAUCCUACUACUUUCUAAGUCACUUCUCAAGCCAAUUCUCACAAUGGGAGCUUUAUCAAAUCUCUUGUUUUGUGAAGAGGUAAAUCUCUUGUUUUGUGAAGAGGUUUUAAAGUUUUUAGCUUUAUGGUUCAGAAAAGGCAGAAAUGCUAUUAGUUUGUUGAAUUUGCCACUAAUGACAAAUCAUGUUAAAUCAAAAAUAGAGAAUGUUGUGGAGAAAGAUGAUGAAAUUUCUUUACUGGAUUUGCCUGAUCUGACAUUGGAAUGUAUUUUUGAGAGGCUUCAACCAAAUGGCCUUUGUAAAAUGGCUGCAAUUUGUAGUUCUUUGAGAGAAAAAUGCACAAGUGAUCAUUUGUGGGAGAAACAUAUGAAGCAAAAAUGGGGUACAUUGAUUGGUUCUGCUGCUUAUAAAGAAUGGCAAUGCUAUAUUACCUCAAGAAAUGAAGAUCUCCUCUUGGAAAAUUCAAGAAAGAAGAGAGACUUGUUGGGGAAUUUUUCAAAGAUUAGGCAACUUUUAUGGAACAGAUUAAAAGAAAAUGAUGAUAACAAGAAGGUUAUAAAUUCUUCAUCAAUGAGCUCAAAUAUGGAUUGGUACCUCUCCCUUGAAACUGGCAAAUUUUGGUUCCCGGCUCAGGUUUUUAACCGCGAGGUGCAGAAUGGACAUGUUGGUUUUAUGCUAUCUUGUUAUGAUGCUGAAGUUAGCUACGAUUGUAGCACAAAUACUUUCAGAGCGAGGUAUCCAGCAUAUGGGAGGCGAAUAAUCGAGGAAGAAAUAGAAUGGAACAGACUAAGAGCACCAACUGUUGAUACUCCUUCUUAUGUUCUUCAUGUAUCGGAUUGCUUAAAUGAUCUGAAACCUGAUGAUCACUUUGAGAUUCAGUGGAGAAAAAGCAAAGAGUUCCCAUAUGGUUGGUGGUACGGAGUUGUUGGACAUUUGGAAUCUUGUAGUGGCAGCAAUUUGAAUUGCCAUUGUCAUGCGAGUGAGACAGUGCUAUUGGAGUUCAAACAGUACACCCCUGGCUCAAGAUGGAGGCAAACAGUGAUAAACAGAAAGGAUCACAGAGAAGUAGGCAAUGAAGCGGAUGGUUUUUAUGGAGGAAUCAGAAAACUUUAUAGUGACAAAGAGAUAUCAUUGUGGAAGAGCCUCUGGCCUAGCAGCACUUUGGAAUAGCACACAGAGCUCUUUACAUUUCCCCAUUUUUACUUUUUUGUGAAGAAGCUCCCUUUAAGCUAUUCUAAGUGUAAAUAGAAAGCAACUUAUAGAUUAGGCUUUAGAUUUUUCGCUUUGGUCUCGGAAAUGUACAUAUAAAACUGAAGAGGCUGAUAGAGCCUCCGGAAUGGAAAAACUCCUGGUAGAGAUUGUUUCCCCUUUGGUAGACCUUAGGCUGCAUAAAUUCAACUUAAUCAGCCUUGUGAGUUUUGGCUACCAGAUGCAUAAAUCACAGUAUCUAUGCAUAAAAAUGUUUAGUUGUUAAAUAAGAGAUGAAAAUAAAAGCUUCUUUGUUCUA